AGUGGGAGACCCGUCCCGGUGGGAGGGACCUGGGCUCGGGGCGGGGACACAUGGGGGAACGAGGGGAUGGGGGGCUGGGGAAGCUUCUGGGAACAACUGCCCUAGAAAAAUUGGUUUAAGGUUCGGCACAAAAAGAACUUGUCAUUCCAGUCCUUUUGCCCACGCAGCGAUGCCUCUGGAAGUGGUGGUGGAGCUGCAGAUCCGGGCGAUUUCUUGCCCCGGAGUGUUCCUGCCCCACAAGCAAGAUGUGUACCUCGGGGUCUACCUCCUGAAUCAGUACCUGGAGACAGCGUGCUUUCGCUCCGUGUUCCCUGUUGUGAUUCAGCAGAGCAUGAGAUUUGAAAAGGUAUUUGAAAAUGCAAUAGAUCCUGGAGCUGUAAUGGACCUUUUAGAAAGCUUCCUGACCAGGUUUGAAUUAAUACAGCUAAUACCUCCAGCAUGGGAAGAGCUGGCCUAUUAUGAAGACAACACACGAGAUUUUCUUUUCCCUGAGCCCAAGCUGACACCUUCAUACCCUGGAAUACAUAGGGAAGUGCUCAUGAAGACAACUAGAGGUUUUCCAGGCAUUGCUCCCAAACUAGAGUUUUCUACGAGGACAGCCAUCCGAGAAUGUGUAUUUCUGCAUAGAAACAAGCUUCUUGAAGAAAGACACAAGUCACAAAGGCCUUUCUCAGCAUCAUAUGGACCAGUGUUCCCCUUAAAUAAUAUAAAGAUGAAGCUGAAGGAUAAUAAUCCUGACAGACUAUCCACAGGCAUGCAAUCCCAGGCACCCUCUCCAUAUUCCACCAGACGUUCUUUCCUGGACCAGCCGGCUGAAUUGAACCUUGGAAAUAACUUCAAAUUGACUGGAGAAAGGAGACCUCCAUUUGUGGUUAGACAUGUGGACAGUGCAAAGCCCUUUGGGGAGCCUCACCCACAGAAAUCUAGAAGAAAAUCAAAGUUUUCAAACUUUCCAUUUCCGAUGAAAAGAGCUUCUUCUCUUGACAGCCUUGCAGCAAACAUAAAGGUUAUCAGAGAGCCAGAUGAACGGAUUAUUUUAAGGAAAGCAUCACCAUCACAUUUAGAUUCAAGAGAGUUUGGAAAGUCCUCGCCCUGUAGCCAAGGGGAUGCCAAUUUCCACCGGGAAACCUCAUUUGCCAACUGCCAGCACUCCAGAUCUCCUAGCCCUCUGGAUCCACUUCUACUCCGAGAAAGGUGCCAUCGUAGUUCUGAGCCCACAUGGAAGAAGAUCCACGAAAGGGUAUGUGGUCUUCUGAUGUCCCACAGAGUUCAGCAGCCCCCAAAGGAAGACUCUAACUCUGAAGACACUUAUAUCCUUGAAAGACCAAACUACCCACUGAAGAAAUACCCACAGCAUGAAAAGAGAUACUUUUAACCUUAUCUUAUGGGGAAAUGAAUGAAAGCUGGAGGAGGAUCAUCAAAAGCUCAUUCCUGGAGACAACUACAUAUCCUUGGAGAAAUGCACAGUGAUCUUUGUUGUCUGUAUUGAGUUACCGGUGUCUAACCCUCUUUAAAUCAAACCCUGUACUCAGUCUUUUGUGCCCAGGUAAGAGUUGUUGAUUAAAGUGUUGCUGUGUGGGGCCCUCAUUUUCUUGUCAUCUGAAAAUUUGUGUUUUAUUUUGUUUGUGUGUUGUUUUGAGCACAAAACAGAAAUAGUAAUAGUUGAGUGACAGCUGCUUUUCCAUUUGGAAAGCACUUUAUAGAAUUCUAACAAAAAUAUCAAGAUGCUUUUUCAGCUGUUCUUCAUUUUUGGUCAUGGUUGUGUUCUUGAAAAGUUUUCCCUCUUCUUUCCUUUUUUUUCCUUCCCUUCCCUUCCCUUCCUCCCUCUCCCAAUUUAAAUUUUUAUAUGCACUAGAAGUUAUUAUUUAGAGGAAUAACUUGAUAAAGUCUCCAGUUAAAGACUGUCAAUGUGACUUCUUUUCAGUGUUAGGCUUGAUUUAUAUGAAGUCCUCUUAAAACUAGGAAAAGAGAACAUUAUAUCUGGAGAAUUUAGAUCUUGGUUUUAAAGGCUGAAUUUCUAUGAUAAAUUUGUAAGAGGCCAGUUUCUUUGUACUGUAGUUCAAAAUACUUCUGUUCUCUACCUUUUGUUCUAGCAAUUCUUAAUUAAUUAAGAGGAGGAACAUACUUUCUUCAAAUAUUUCCCUAAAAGAGCUAAGUAAAUAGGUUGCAUAGAAAGCACUGCCAAAAUGAGAUUGUUUAAUGAAUUAGUAGAGUGCUUUUAUGAAAUGUGGCCCAGUUUGAGGGAGGGGGAAGAGAAAGAUGACGGGAGAAAGGGUAACUAGAGGCACAUCUGUUUCCAUGGACACAGAACUAGGGAAGAGGGGGCCUGGAAAUGGAAAUCUUUGUGUUUCUUUCAGACUAUAAAUGUUCACACUUUC